AUGCAGAGACCCCCCCCGACCGCAGGAGGCCCCCGCCGGGCCCCGAGACCCCCCCCGACCGCAGGAGGCCCCCGCCGGGCCCCGAGACCCCCCCCGACCGCAGGAGGCCCCCGCCGGGCCCCGAGACCCCCCCCCGACCGCAGGAGGCCCCCGCCGGGCCCCGAGACCCCCCCCGAGACCCCCCCCGACCGCAGGAGGCCCCCGCCGGCCCCGAGACCCCCCCCGACCGCAGGAGGCCCCCGCCGGGCCCCGAGACCCCCCCCCGACCGCAGGAGGCCCCCGCCGGCUCCUCCGCUGCCGAGCGCCGCCCGGAGGAGGGGGACCCCGUCGGGCCGCCGCCUCCCCUUCCCUCGGACACCGGGGGCCAGGCCCCGGGGCCCCCCCUCCCUGGAGAACCAGGAGCCCCGCCGGCACCACCCGUCCCCCGCCCCCCCGACCCUGGCUCCCCCCGUGGCGGGGGAGGCGCUCUGCGGGGGCCGGGAGGGCGGCGAGCCGUGCGCCCCCUCCCGGCCGGCCCCGGGGACCAAGCUCUGCGGCUACCUGGACAAGCGGGGCGGGCCCCAGGGCUGGAAGCGGCGGUGGUUCAUGUACGAGGAGAAGAAGAGCCAGCUGUUCUACUACCGCACGGCCCAGGACCUGACCCCCCUGGGGAGGGCGGGGCUGGGCAGCGCCACCUUCACCCUCCCCCUGAAGGGAGAGGAGGGCUGCUUCCACAUCCAGACCCCCGAGCGCACCUACAUACUCAAGGCAGUGAACCAGGCGGCCAUGAUGUACUGGCUUCAGCAGCUACAGAUGAGGCGGUGGCAGUACAGGGAACUUCUGUCUGGGGUGGCGCUGUCCCAACCAGCCGCUUCAGACGCCACCAACAACAACAACAACGUCAGCGCCGGCAGUCCGGAGGACUUCCUGCCCGUGGUGAAGAGCCCGCAGGGCCUGGUGGGAGAGGAGGCCGCCAACAGGACCCCCCGACCCCGCACCGGGGGUCUGGCCAACAUGUCCCUCAAACACCCGCUCAUCGAGUUCCAGAACUCAGUCCACAACCUGCUAGCUAAACGCUCAUCUCAGGAGUACAGCCAGAGUGUUUUCCAUGUUGAAUCGGCUCCACCAUGGACACCGCCCAGCCAGGCAGCCGGCACGUCCCCCACUACUCUGCAGACUCCGCCCAUUUUCCCAACCCUGGGCACUCCCACUACUCCCACUACUCCCAGCACUCCCAGCACUCCCAGCCCCCCAUUGCUCCCAUCGACGGGGCCGUCAGGGCAGCGCCCCCCAGAGGGCGGCAGGAAGCCCCCGGCCGGGUCGAAUACCCAGAAUUCUCGGAGGAGCAAGAGUCGCGGCACCGUGUCCAACAUCCGCAGGGAGACUUCCUCUGCAGACAGGAUGUCCCGCCUCCAGCAGGACAAAGACAUGCUGGGGGAGGAGGUGAAGUCUCAGAAGGAGCUGGUGUGGCUGCUCCACAAGGCCCUGGAGGCCUCCCAGCUGGAGAAGCGGACGUGCACAGAGUUCCUGGCGGCCGAGGGUGAGCAGCAGCGUCUGGAGGUGCUGCGGCACCGCGAGCGGCAGGCCGCCGACCUGCGGCGCCGCCUGGAUGACCUCACGGCGCAGACGGAGGGCCUGAGGCGCAGCCUGGCCGAGAAGGAGUCCCAGGUGGUCGACCUCCAGGAGAACGUCGACCUGUUGACGGAGAAGAACCAAGCCAAGCAGGAGGUGAUCCUGAAGAUCUCUGACCAGUUGUCCACAUGUAUGGCCAACCCACAACGCAAGGUCUCAACCUCCAUCGGUCUACAGGCGCAGACCUGCGGUCUGCUUCAGGAAGAAAACGAGAACCUGAAGGAUGACAUCGCCGCCUACAAGACUCAGAACAAGUUCCUGAACUCUGAGAUCUACCAGCUGACCAAGCUGUGGAGGAAGAGCUCGGAGCAGGAGAAGAGCCUGAUGGUCAAGUGUGCCUACCUGGAGGCCAGCGGCUGCCAGAAGGAGAGCCGCUACCUGGGGGUCCUGCAGCGCCUGCAGGAGAACCAGGGCCUGGACGCGGCCCAGAAGGGCGUGGUGCGCGGCCUGGUGGAGGACGCUCUGCAGGGAGACCCCGCCGGCAGCCUCCAAAAGGCAGCGCUGGGUGGCCCUCCGUUAGACCACGACGACUAUGGUUUUAAGAUUCUUCCGGACUACGAGGUGGAAGACAUAAAGCUGCUAGCUAAGAUCCAAGCGCUGGAGAUACGCUCCCACAACCUGCUGUAUCAGGACGCUGGGGACAGACCACUGCUUGGUCGCUGGUCCCAGUUUCUCGCCAGUCGCUCUGACGGCGACUUCGGCCAGUCGCCGGAGCUCAAGAACCUGCUGAGGGCGGGGGUCCCCCGGGAGUUCCGCCAGAGGGUCUGGCGCUGGAUCGUACGCGCCAGAACUCUCACCCUACGCGAGCAACACCCACACCGCUACCAACAGCUGUGUGAGAAGAGCCUGAUGUCGCCCCACCCAGCGUCCAGACAGAUCCUCCUGGACCUCCACCGGACCCUCACCACCAAUAAGCACUUCUCCGCCCCCUCUAGCCCCGCCCUCCAGAAACUCCAACGCAUCUUAUUGGCCUUCUCUUGGCAGAACCCUACGAUUGGCUACUGCCAGGGACUCAACAGGCUGGCAGCCGUCAGCCUGCUGGUGCUGCAGGACGAGGAGGAUGCUUUCUGGUGUCUGGUGGCGGUGGUGGAGGUCAUCAUGCCCCUGGACUACUACACCAAGAACCUGGUGGCCUCGCAGGCGGACCAGCGGGUGCUGAAGGACUUCAUGGCAGAGAAGCUGCCCCGGCUGGCGGCCCACCUCGAGGACCACGCCGUCGACGUGUCCCUCGUCACCUUCAACUGGUUCCUGGUGGGCUUCGUGGAGAGCCUCCCCAGCGACCUGCUGCUGAGGGUCUGGGACGCCUUCCUCUACGAGGGCACCAAGGUGCUAUUUCGCUAUGCGUUGGCGCUCUUCAAAUACAAAGAGGAGGACAUUCUAAAGAUCCACGACAACGUUGAGAUCUACCAAUACCUUCGCUUCUUCACCAAGACCGUGACUGACGGGAGGAAGCUCACGAACAUCGCCUUCACCAUGAUGAACCCGUUCCCGGGCAGAAUACUACGCAACCGACGUGCAGUGCACCUGGAGCGCCUGCAGGGGGAGAUGCGGGAGCUGGAGGAGCAGCAGAAAGAGUUUAUCUCGGAGUGUCCUGUGCAAAAGGACAAGGACCUGGACACCUUGCUGAGCGAGGAUGAGGAGGAGCCUUGACGACGCUAGAACCGGCAGACCAAGGUAGAAAUCAACUUUAUUGCAGAAUUGCGCAACAAACACAGACUGUUUGGUGAGCUUACGGAAAAGCACUCAACCCUAGGUAUGCCGUUUGAGAUAAGAGUCAACAGAAAAACAAAAAGUUAUCUGAAUGGAUCCACAUCGAGAGGUUAUGGUUUGGACUUUGAGAAUAGUUGUUUUUAACAUUGUCACCACCGAGGCUGAAAGCUCAUGUGCUCACAGCCUAAGAGUGAUAAUGUUGUAAACAAGAUGUUGGCAGUCUACCUGAGGGCAUCCAUCAACGGGAUUCCCUAACAAACACCUGCUGCUUAUGGACGGUCUUCCAUUCACGGUUGAAUCUCUUAUCUAAUUCGAGACUCACUCUUUUACACUUUUAAUAUCCGAGGCUGAUAAUGACAGGAUUUAACUUGUUUUAGAACCUUUCAAGCUCUUUAUUUAAUGAAUUUGUCCAGGCAUGAACUUAGUCACUUUUGAAAUUCUUAACCAGUAUUACGUCGAGGGAAGACUGUGGUCCGCUCUUUGUGGUGAAAUCUUUUCAUGAAAUAUGAAUAUUGAUUGUGUCUGAAAACAAGGAUGUGAUUGUUUUCAAGCUGGUCCUUGGCAUAGCCCCAUUUAUGACUGCCAGCUGUUGGUCGUUUAUUUAGGAGCAAAUUUAGGAGCAUUAGGAGAGAAAAAUGAAAGCUGUAAAUUUGCCUCCUAUUUUUUCUGCUGGAAUUUGUUGAAGAGCCACUUCAUCUUUUACUUUACAUGCUAAUAAUAUACCAUGUACCAAAUGGUUUAUGUCGAGAGAGAAUAUCAAUGAUGUACAAUUAAGUGUAUAAACUUGUCAAAAAAAGGCCCUGGAUAUUUGUAUGCACCGUAGGCUACAGCCUAUGUUCCUUCUUACAUAAUUAGAAUUUUCUAUUUGUAAUUGUUUAUAAAUGUUUGUUCUGUGUAUAGAAUUUGUAUGUAUUUUUCUACUUGUUUUGUUCGGUUAACCUGCAUUGUACAUUAAAUGAUGUAACACCUGCAGAUAACAU